UCAUUUCUUCUGCACAAUGCUGUUGUUGUUGAGUGCUGUUGAGUCAAUUGCAACUCAUAACUACCCCAUGUGAGAGAGUAGAACUUCCUCAGAUGGUUUCUAGGCUGUGAUCUUCACAGGAGCAGGUUGGCAUGUUUUUCUCCCGCAGAGCUGUUGGGUGGGUUUGAACCACCAACCUUUCAGAUAGCAGCCAAGUGCCUAACUGUCAUGCCACCAGGGCUAUAAGGACCAUAAUAUACUUUCAUUCCCAACUCCCUUCCCCAUUGCUAUUAUUGUCUGAUAUUUUGGUUCAUUCUUAUUUUUAAAAUCCUCCAGUUUAUCAUUGUUAUUGUUAUUGUUUUAUAUAAUCACUGCCUGUUCAUAAACCCAAACCAACCCCAUUGCCAUCAAGUUGAUUCCUACUCGUAGGGACCCUACAGGACAGAGUAGAACUGCCCACUAGGGUUUCAUUGGCUAUAAUCUUUACGGAAGCAGACUGUCACAUCUUUCUCCCGUGGAGUAGCUGGUGGGUUUGAGUCAUCAACCUUUUGGUUAGCAACCAAACAUUUAAUCACUGUGCCACCAUCUUAUAUUUAUCAAUUUCUUUGUUUACUAUUUCUUUCGGCACCCCCUUCCUGGGUUUAAUUUCCUUCUUUCUGAAGUGCCUUCUUUAGUAGGUCUGCUUUUCUGGAAAAAAAAAAAAAAAUGCGUCUGUUAUUCCUUAACUUUGAAGGGCAAUUUAACUAAGUGGAACAGAUGCCAUAGUCCCUUCUCCCCAUAUCUCCCUGAUCCUAACUUUUCAUGUGCCUCCUCUGGACUGCAAGAAUCUGCACCUCUUUGCCUGAGGACCUGAACUAUUGGGGAGUCAAUACCCCCCAGCGAGCAGUGGUUAACCCUAACUGACAGGAGUCUGCCUAUAAAUACCCCUGCUCUCUUGAUUCAAGAGUGGGAAAAUUCUGAGUCAUGUGUUAUACAGUGUUUCCUAGAGUUUCCUCAUGGGAUUAACGUACAGUUGCCCACUAUGGUGCUGGCUUAACAAACAUCCUCUAUUGGCUGCUUUCCCUUCCCCAUGUCAUUCCUACUUCCCUGCUGGUAUUUCCUGACGUCCCAAACAAAUGGUCUGCACUAAAAUUCUCAGGGUCUGCUUCUGGGGGCAUUCAGAGCAAGGCACCGUGUUCCUCUUUGGAUCCUCUCAUUCUGUUUCUUCACCCCUCUCUCAUUUUUUUUUUUUUAUCCCCUUAUCUCUGUGUGGAAACCCUGGUGGCGUAGUUGUUAAGUGCUACUGCUGCUAAACAAAGGGGUUGGCAGUUCAAAUCUGCCAGGUGCUCCUUGGAAACUCUAUGGGGCAGUUCUACUCUGUCCUAUAGGGUCGCUAUGAGUUGGAAUCGGCUUGACGGCACUGGGUUUGGUUUUUUUUGUUUUAUCUCUGUAUGCUUCACUCAGAGUAAUUUCCUCAGAUCUAUUUUCCAGUAAAUUUUUCUCCAGACAUGUUUGGUGUUUUUAUUUAAGUUUUUUAAUUAAUUUGCUAUAUAUUUUCAUUUCUAAAAGCUCUUGCUCAAGUUUUUUUGGUUUUUCUCAUUAUGUCUUUUUCUUUUAUGAUUUUAAUUCCUGCUUCUUUGUCUAUCAUAAUUUUAAACAUUCUUAUUUUUUUGUCUCUAAUUAUUUUAUUAUCUGAAGUUCUUGUGGGGUCUAAUCCUGCUUUUUGUUGUGACUGUUUAUUCUUGCUUAUGGUGGAUUGCUUUCUCAAGUGUUUUUAAUCUACUAUUUUGAAUUCAUCUUUAGGAAAGCUUUAUCAGUGGGACUUAUAUGUAGCCUGGGAUGAAGGUUUAUCUUUUCAGAUAGAUCUGUCUUGUUUCUGCCAGGAUGCCAGGAGAUCCAGGUCCUGGCCUAAGACUAAUGUCUGUGUCAAUUUCUCAGCUUGGGAUUUCCUGGACGUUGUGGGUAAUGUAAAUUUUAAUCUCAAACCUGCAUGAGUGUGGGCCUAUGGAUACAAAUUCUGAAAAAUACUUAAUUUUCCCACCCCAAGAACAAAUGGAGACAAACUUCUGUGUUGAUGGAUGAAUUUUUCUCCUCUGCUCAACCCUUUUGUGGAAGAUAUUUUUCCUCUAAUAGUUUCACCUUUAUGCAGGGGUCUCUGUUUCUGUUCUUGGCUUCAGGUGUAGGCAUGAAGCCUUAUUUCCUGUUCUGCAAUGUUCAGCCUUCAGCUUGGAGGGUACCCAGGCUGGCUAACCCCCUUAGGCCUGCACUGCUUCAUGCUCAUUGGGUUUCCUCUUCACUGUUCACCCUUGGAGAUAUUCUUUAGUUUCCUCCCAGCUCACCUGUGCAAGUUACAGAAAAAUUUGUUACAUUUAACACAGCAUUUCCAGGUAUUUUGUAGUGGAAGAAUUUUCAGGUUAUCUACUUAAAAAAAAAAAAAAAAUCCUGAAAAUGGAAAUCCUUAAGCACCUUUUCUACUAUAUUGUGCUAAUUCUGCCUCUUCUAACAUAUGAGCUAUUUUUUUUUUCCCUUGGGAAAUUUUGCCUCCUCUUUGGUGGUAAAGCGAGUGGUGGAGGGUCAGGGAUGUGUAUGGAUAAGGAAGAAGACUGGGGACAUAAUAUUUUCCCAAAAUCUUAGGGUGGUGGUAUGAUGUGAGUGGUAAUGGGGUGGGCUUCUAUCUCUAAAUAUUUCUCAGGCUGGCUGUUAUAGUGCCUGGAGUCUCUCCAUGAAUGAGUCAUUCCCCCACCCCCCCCCCUUUUUUUUUUUAUCUUAUCAGCUACCUGCUACCUUUUUAGCAGGGAUUAAUUUAACAGAUGAUGCCGAGAAUUAGGGCCUUGGGAAUGCGGGGUUGGGAAGAAGUAUCAGUGUGUGUGUAUGUGUGUGUGCAUACACCUGUGUGAGUGUAAUGUUAGGUGAGGAAUCAACACACCAGAAGUGGGGUAGAAGAGUGUUUGAAAGAGGUAUUAGAAUCAAACCAUCCCACUCUAUCAUGUGACAAAGGCCUGGGCUUGUGACCAGGGCCCUCAUCUUUAACCUGUCUAUUAAACCCUGGGUAAGACCCAAGUUGAAUAUUUUUGUCAGGGUCCAGGCCUGGAUCUUUCAUACUUAGUGUGGGCAGGAAGGCUCUGUGUCUGUUUUACUCCAAACACAGUGCUAAAUUGGCUCAGGUUGUAGUGUUUUUCCAAACUUCCCCAAAGUCCAGCCCGGGAAUCUGGACCCAGAAGCUGUGUUGAUUUGCCCUGGAUUCUGCUCUGGCCCAGACCAGCCUACCCUGGGAUGGCAAGAAUUCCUGAUCAUGCUUGUCUGUGUGGGGAACUCAGGGAGGGCCAGGGACUGGGUGUGGGGCUUACAGAAGUGAGCGUAGAUGGGGGUACAUUGCAUUUCAUUAAGACUGAUGCCAGGAGGUCUCCCACUGAACUGUUCAAAGCCUUAUCGGCUUGGAAGUUUUUCUAAUACCAUUUCCUUUCAUUGUUUCAUUUUGGCAAUUAAGAGGUGGCCAGUCCCCUGUUGCGGCAGCUCACAGCUAUUGUGGUGGGGAAAGGGGAGGGCUGGGUUGGUGGACGUCACAACUUGGGCUUUAUCUCCCCAACUGCAGGGACUCUGAAGCUCCUGGGCUACUUAACAGCAAGACAGUCCAGAGCUGCCACAGUUCAGACCCAGCCUCAGCAGUUGCUGGGGAGCAUGGCCUAGGGACCUGCAUAGGCUGAGACACCAUCGUGAGGCUGAGUUUUCCAAGAGACCUUGGGGUACGUGCAGCCCCGGAUUGCAGGGAAAGAUGAUUCCUGCCCAAAUUGUGAAGGUGUUGCUUGUGCUGGUCCUUACCUUGCCAGGGACGCUUUGCACAGAAGGGUCGCGUGGCAGGCUGUCCACAGCCCGGUGCAGCCUCUUCGGAGAUGACUUCAUCAACAGCUUCGACGAGAGCAUGUACAGCUUUGCGGGAGGCUGCAGUUACUUCCUGGCUGGGGACUGCCAGGAACACUCCUUCUCGAUUCUCGGAGACUUCCAAAAUGGCAAAAGAGUGAGCCUCUCCGUGUAUCUCGGGGAAUUUUUUGACAUCCACGUGUUUGUCAAUGGUACUGUGAUGCAGGGAGGCCAAAGUGUCUCCGUGCCCUAUGCCUCCAGUGGGCUGUAUCUGGAAACUGAGGCUGGGUACUACAAGCUGUCCAGUGAGAGCUAUGGCUUUGUGGCCAGAAUUGAUGGCAGCGGCAACUUCCAAGUCUUGCUGUCAGACAGAUACUUCAACAAGACUUGUGGACUGUGUGGCAACUUCAAUAGGUUUGCUGAAGAUGACUUUGUAACCCAGGAAGGGACCUUGACAUCAGACCCCUAUGACUUUGCCAAUUCCUGGGCCCUGAGCAGUGAACAGCGGUGCAAGCGGGCAUCCCCUCCCAGCAGUCCCUGCAACAUCUCCUUCGGGGAAAUGCAGAAGGGCCUGUGGGAGCAGUGCCAGCUUCUGACGAGUGCCUCGGCGUUUGCCCGCUGCCACCCCUCGGUGGAUCCUGAGCCUUUCAUGGCCCUGUGUGAGAGCACGCUGUGCAGCUGCGCGCAGGGCCAGGGCUGCCCUUGCUCUGUGCUCCUGGAGUACACCCGCGCCUGCGCGCACCAGGGCGUCAGGCUGGACGGCUGGACUGACCACACCACCUGCCAACCAGUGUGCCCGGCUGGCAUGGAGUAUAAGCAGUGUGUGUCCCCUUGCACUAGAACCUGCCAGAGCCUGCACAUCAAUGAAGUGUGUCAAGAGCAAUGCGUGGAUGGCUGCAGCUGCCCUGAGGGGCAGCUCCUCGAUGAAGGCCGCUGUGUGGAGAGUGCUGAGUGUUCCUGUGUGCAUUCUGGGAAGCAGUACCCUCCGGGAUCCUCCCUCUCACAAGACUGCAACACCUGCAUUUGCCGAAAUAGCUUGUGGAUCUGCAGCAAUGAAGAAUGCCCAGGCGAGUGUCUGGUCACAGGACAGUCCCACUUCAAGAGCUUUGACAACAGGUACUUCACCUUCAGUGGGAUCUGCCAGUACCUGCUGGCCCGGGACUGCCAGGACCACUCCUUCUCCAUCGUCAUAGAGACUGUCCAGUGUGCCGAUGACCCUGAUGCUGUCUGCACCCGCUCAGCCACCAUCCGGCUGCCCCUCCUGCACAACAGCCUCGUGAAGCUGAAGCAUGGGGGAGGAGUUGCCAUAAAUGGCCAGGACAUCCACCUCCCCUUCCUGCAAGGCGACCUCCGCAUCCAGCCCACCGUGAUGGCCUCUGUGCGCCUGAGCUACCAGGAGGAUCUUCAGAUGGACUGGGAUGGCCGAGGGAGGCUGCUGGUGAAGCUGUCCCCCAUUUAUGCUGGGAAGACCUGUGGCCUGUGCGGGAAUUACAAUGGCAACAAGGGUGAUGACUUCCUCACUCCUUCGGGCCUGGUGGAGCCCCUGGUGGAGGACUUCGGGAACUCCUGGAAGCUGCACGGGGACUGCCAAGAUCUGCAGAAGCAGGACAGCAACCCCUGUAACCUCAACCCGCGCCUAACCAGGUUUGCAGAAGGGGCGUGCGCUGUCCUGACAUCGUCCAAGUUCGAGGCCUGCCACCAUGCUGUCAGCCCCCAGCCCUACCUGCAAAACUGCCACUACGAUGUCUGCUCCUGCUCAGAUGGCAGAGACUGCCUCUGCAACGCUGUGGCCAGCUAUGCCUCCGCCUGUGCCCGGAAAGGCGUGAUCAUCGCAUGGCGGGAGCCCAGCUUCUGUGCACUGAGCUGCCCCCCAGACCAGGUGUACCUGCAGUGCGGGACCCCCUGCAACCUGACCUGCCGCUCCCUCUCUUACCCGGAUGAAGACUGCAACGAGGUCUGCCUUGAGGGCUGCUUCUGCCCCUCCGGACUCUAUCUGGAUGAGAGGGGGGACUGUGUGCCCAAGGCCCAGUGCCCCUGCUACUAUGAUGGUGAGAUCUUCCAGCCUGAAGAUGUCUUCUCAGACCAUCACACCAUGUGCUAUUGUGAGGACGGCUUCAUGCACUGUACCAUGAGUGGAGUCCCGGGAAACCUCUUGCCAGACGUUGUCCUCAGCAGUUCCCUGUCUCACCGCAGCAAAAGGAGCCUAUCCUGCCGGCCCCCCAUGGUCAAGUUGGUGUGUCCUGCUGACAACCCCCGGGCUGAAGGGCUUGAGUGUGCCAAAACCUGCCAGAACUACGACCUGGAGUGCAUGAGCACAGGCUGUGUCUCCGGUUGCCUCUGCCCCCCCGGCAUGGUCCGACAUGAAAACAGAUGUGUGGCCCUGGAAAGGUGUCCCUGCUUCCAUCAGGGCAAAGAGUACGCUCCAGGAGAGACAGUGAAGAUUGACUGCAACACUUGUGUCUGUCGGGACCGCAAGUGGAACUGCACGGACAAGGUGUGUGAUGCCACGUGCUCUGUGAUGGGCAUGGCCCACUAUCUCACCUUCGACGGGCUCAAGUACAUGUUCCCUGGGGAGUGCCAGUAUGUCCUGCUGCAGGAUUACUGUGGUGGCAACCCUGGGACCUUUCGCAUCCUGGUGGGGAAUGAGGGGUGCAGCAGCCCGUCAGUGAAAUGCAAAAAGCGGGUCACCAUCCUGGUUGAAGAAGGAGAGAUUGAACUGUUUGAUGGGGAGGUGAAUGUGAAGAGACCCAUGAAGGAUGAGACUCAUUUUGAGGUGAUGGAGUCUGGCCGGUAUGUCAUUCUGCUGCUGGGCAAAGCACUCUCUGUGGUCUGGGACCACCACCUGUCCAUCUCGGUAGUCCUGAAGCAGACCUACCAGGAACAAGUGUGUGGUCUGUGUGGGAAUUUUGACGGCAUCCAGAACAAUGACUUCACCAGCAGCAACCUCCAAGUGGAAGAAGACCCUGUGGACUUUGGAAAUUCCUGGAAAGUGAACCCACAGUGUGCUGACACCAGGAAAGUGCCACUGGACUCCUCCCUUGCCACUUGCCACAAUGACAUCAUGAAGCAGACGAUGGUGGAUUCUUCGUGCAGGAUCCUGACCAGUGACCUUUUCCAGGACUGCAACAAGCUGGUGGACCCUGAGCCAUACCUGGAUGCCUGCAUUUACGAUACCUGCUCCUGUGAGUCCAUUGGGGACUGUACCUGCUUCUGCGACACCAUUGCUGCCUAUGCCCACGUGUGUGCCCAGCAUGGCAAGGUGGUGACCUGGAGGACGGCCACACUGUGCCCCCAAAGCUGCGAGGAGAGGAAUCUGCGGGAAAAUGGGUAUGAGUGUGAGUGGCGCUAUAACAGCUGCGCUCCUGCCUGCCCCAUCACUUGCCAGCACCCCGAGCCACUGGCAUGCCCUGUGCAGUGUGUGGAGGGCUGCCAUGCACACUGCCCUCCAGGGAAGAUCCUGGAUGAGCUUUUAGAGACCUGCGUCAACCUUGAAGACUGCCCCAUGUGUGAGGUGGCGGGCCGGCGCUUACCCUCGGGAAAGAAAGUCACCUUGAACCGCAGUGACCCUGAGCACUGCCAGAUCUGUCACUGUGAUGGUGUUAACCUGACCUGUGAAGCCUGUCAGAGGCCGGGAAAGCUUGUGCCGCCCUCAACAGUAGCCCCAGUCAGCGUCACCACGCCGUAUGUGGAGGACAUCUCAGAGCCGCCCCUGCAUGACCUCUACUGCAGUAAACUGCUGGACCUGGCCUUCCUGCUGGACGGCUCCUCCAAGCUGUCGGAGGCUGAGUUUGAUGUGCUAAAGGUCUUUGUGGUGGACAUGAUGGAGCGGCUGCACAUCUCCCAGAAGCGGAUCCGUGUGGCCGUGGUGGAGUACCACGAUGGCUCGCACUCCUACAUCGACCUCAGGGACAGGAAGCAGCCUUCGGAGCUGCGGCGCAUCGCUGGUCAGGUGAAGUACGCAGGCAGCCAGGUGGCCUCCACCACUGAGGUCUUGAAGUACACGUUGUUCCAAAUCUUUGGCAAGGCCGAUCGCCCAGAAGCCUCCCGUAUUGCCCUGCUCCUGACAGCCAGUGAAGAGCCCCCACGGUUGGCCCGGAACUUGGCCCGAUAUGUGCAGGGCCUGAAGAAGAAGAAGGUUAUUGUGAUCCCGGUGGGCAUUGGACCUCAUGCCAGCCUCAAGCAGGUCCGCCUUAUCGAGAAGCAGGCCCCUGAGAACAAAGCCUUUGUGCUUAGCAGCGUGGACGAGCUGGAGCAGCGAAGGGAUGAGAUUAUCAACUACCUCUGUGACCUGGCCCCUGAAGCGCAAGCCCCAACUCAGCACCCCCAUGUGGCAAAAGUCACAGUGGGCCCCGACCUCUUAGGAGUUUCUCCCGUGGGGCCCACAAGGAGCCCUAAGCCCCUGAAUGUGGUGUUUCUCCUGGAAGGGUCAGACAAGGUUGGCGAAGCCAACUUCAACUGGAGCAAGGAGUUCACGGAGGAGGUGAUCCGGCGGAUGGAUGUGGGCCAGGACAGCGUCCACGUCACCGUGCUGCAGUACUCAUACAUGGUCACGGUGGAGUACCCCUUCAGCAAGGUGCAGUCCAAGCAGGACAUCCUGCAGCACGUGCGGGAGAUCCGCUACCAGGGUGGCAACAGGACCAACACUGGGCUGGCCCUACAGUACGUCUCAGAGCACAGCUUCUCUACCAGCCAGGGGGACCGAGAGCAGGCACCUAACCUGGUCUACAUGGUCACAGGAAGCCCUGCCUCUGAUGAGAUCAAGCGGCUGCCCGGAGACAUCCAGGUGGUGCCCAUCGGAGUGGGCCCACAUGCCAACGUGCAGGAGCUGGAGAGGAUCAGCUGGCCCAAUGCCCCUAUUCUCAUCCAGGACUUUGAGACCCUCCCCCGAGAGGCUCCAGACCUGGUGCUGCAGAUAUGCUGCUCUGGGGAUGGGCUGAGGAUCCCCACCCUCUCCCCAGCCCCAGACUGCAGCCAGCCCCUGGAUGUGGUUCUUCUCCUGGAUGGUUCCUCCAGUCUUCCAGCUUCUUACUUUGAGGAAAUGAAAAGCUUCGCCAAGGCUUUCAUCUCCAAAGCCAAUAUAGGGCCGCAUCACACUCAGGUGUCAGUGCUUCAGUAUGGGAGCAUCACCACCAUUGAUGUGCCAUGGAAUGUGGCUCAGGAGCAUGCCAACUUACUGAGCCUCGUGGACCUCAUGCAGCAGGAGGGUGGCCCCAGCCAAAUUGGGGAUGCUUUGGGCUUUGCUGUGCGAUAUGUAACUUCAGAAGCCCAUGGCGCCAGGCCAGGAGCCUCCAAGGCAGUGGUCAUCCUAGUGAUGGACGUCUCCAUGGAUUCAGUGGAUGCAGCAGCUGAUGCCGCCAGGUCGAGCCGAGUGACAGUGUUCCCUAUUGGAAUUGGGGAUAGGUAUGAUGUAUCCCAGCUGAGGACCUUGGCUGGACCAGGUGCAAGCUCCAAUGUGGUGAAACUCCAGCGGAUCGAAGACCUCCCCACCAUGGUCACACUGGACCAGUCCUUCCUCCGCAAGCUAUGCUCUGGUGAGACUUUGUUUGUUAGAGUUUGUAUGGAUGAGGAUGGGAACGAGAAGAGGCCUGGGGACGUCUGGACCUUGCCAGAUCAGUGCCACACAGUGACUUGCCUGCCAGAUGGCCAGACCUUGCUGAAGAGUCAUCGGGUCAACUGUGACCGGGGGCCAAAGCCUUCAUGCCCCAACAGCCAGUCCCCCAUUAGGGUGGAGGAGACCUGUGGUUGCCGCUGGACCUGCCCCUGUGUGUGCAUGGGAAGCUCUACCCGGCACAUUGUGACCUUUGAUGGGCAGAAUUUCAAGUUGACUGGCAGCUGUUCCUAUGUCCUAUUUCAAAACAAGGAGCAGGACCUGGAAGUGAUUCUCCAUAAUGGCGCCUGCCACCCAGGGGCACGGCAGACAUGCAUGAAAUCCAUCGAGGUGAAGCAUGAUGGCCUCUCGGUUGAGCUCCACAGUGACAUGGAGGUGACUGUUAAUGGGAGACUGGUCUCUGUCCCUUACAUGGGUGGGAACAUGCAAGUCAGUGUUUACGGUGCCAUCAUGCACGAGAUCAGAUUUAACCAUCUUGGCCAUGUCUUCACGUUUACUCCACAAAACAAUGAGUUCCAGUUGCAGCUUAGCCCGAAGACUUUUGCUUCAAAGAUGUAUGGCCUUUGUGGAAUCUGUGAUGAGAACGGGGCCAAUGACUUCAUGCUGAGGGAUGGCACAGUCACCCCAGACCAGAGGAUGUUCAUCCAGGAGUGGACCAUACAGCAGCCAGGGCAGACGUGCCAGCCCAUUCCUGAGGAGCAGUGCCCUGUCUCCAGCAGCUCCCACUGCCAGGUCCUCCUUUCAGCCGUGUUUGCUGAGUGCCACAAAGUCCUUGCUCCAGACACAUUUUAUACCAUCUGUCAGCAGGACAGUUGCCACCGGGAGCAAGUGUGUGAGUUGAUUGCCUCUUAUGCCCACCUCUGUCGGACCAAUGGGAUCUGUGUUGACUGGAGGACAAGUGAUUUCUGUGCUAUGUCGUGUCCACCCUCGCUGGUGUACAACCAUUGUGAGCAUGGCUGCCCCCAGCACUGUGAGGGCAAUAUGAGCUCCUGUGGGGACCAUCCGUCGGAAGGCUGCUUCUGCCCCAUGCACCAAGUCCUGUUGGAAGGCAGCUGUGUCCCCAGGGAGGCCUGCACCCAGUGCAUCAGUGAGGAUGGAGUCCCGCACCAGUUUCUAGAAACCUGGGUCCCAGACCACCAACCCUGUCAGAUCUGCAUGUGCCUCAGUGGGCGGAAGGUCAACUGCACCUCGCAGCCCUGCCCCACGGCCAGAGCUCCCACGUGUGGCCCAUGUGAAGUGGCCCGCCUCCACCACAAUCCAGACCAGUGCUGCCCAGAGUAUGAGUGUGUGUGCGACCUGGUAAGCUGUGACUUGCCCCCAGUGCCUCACUGUGAAGGUGGCCUCCAGCCGACACUGACCAAUCCCGGAGAGUGCAGACCCAACUUCACCUGUGCCUGCAGGAAGGAGGAGUGCAGAAGGGAGUCCCCGCCCUCAUGCCCCCCACACCGUACGCCGACCCUUCGGAAGACCCAGUGCUGUGAUGAGUAUGAAUGUGCUUGCAACUGUGUGAACUCUACAGUGAGCUGCCCACUGGGGUACCUGGCCUCAGUCACCACCAAUGACUGUGGCUGCUCCACAACCACCUGCCUCCCUGACAAGGUGUGUGUCCAUCGAGGCACCAUCUACCCUGUGGGUCAGUUCUGGGAAGAGGGCUGUGAUGUGUGCACCUGCACCGACAUGGAAGAUGCUGUGAUGGGCCUGCGUGUGGUCCAGUGCUCCCAGAAGCCCUGUGAAGAGGGCUGUAGGUCGGGCUUCACUUACGUCCUCCAUGAAGGCGAAUGCUGUGGAAGGUGCGUGCCAUCUGCCUGUGAGGUGGUGACCGGCUCACCGCGGGGAGACACCAAGUCUUACUGGAAGAGUAUUGGCUCUCGCUGGGCCUCCCCCGAGAAUCCCUGUCUCCUCAACGAGUGUGUGCAAGUGAAGGAGGAGGUCUUUGUGCAACAGAGAAAUGUCUCCUGCCCUCAUCUGGAUGUCCCCACCUGUCCCACUGGCUUCCAGCUGAGCUGCAAGACCUCUGAGUGUUGCCCCACCUGUCACUGUGAGCCGGUGAAGGCCUGUGUGCUCAAUGGCACCAUCAUUGGGCCUGGAAAGAGUCUGAUGAUCGAUGUGUGCACAGUUUGCCACUGCACUGUCCAGCUGGGAGCCAUCACGGGGUUCAAGCUGGAGUGCAGGAAGACCACCUGUGAGGCCUGCCCACUGGGUUACAAGGAAGAAAAGAUCCAAGGUGAAUGCUGCGGGAGAUGUGUGCCUAUGACUUGCACCAUUCAGCUAAGAGGAGGACAAGUCAUGACUCUGCAGCGUGAUGAGACAAUCCAGGAUGGCUGUGAUAGUCACUUCUGCAAGGUCAACGAGAGAGGAGAGUACAUCUGGGAGAAGAGGGUCACUGGCUGCCCACCCUUUGAUGAACACAAAUGUCUGGCCGAGGGAGGGAAAAUCAUGAAAAUUCCAGGCACCUGCUGUGACACAUGUGAGGAGCCUGAAUGCAAAGAUAUCACUGCCAGGCUGCAGUAUGUCCAAGUAGGAGACUGUAAGUCCGAAGAGGAGGUGGACAUUCAUUACUGCCAGGGUAAGUGUGCCAGCAAAGCCAUAUACUCCAUCGAAAUGAAGGAUGUGCAGGACCAGUGCUCCUGCUGCUCGCCGACGCGGACGGAGCCCGUGCGGGUGCGCCUGCACUGCACCAAUGGCUCCGUGGUGUACCACGAGAUCCUCAACGCCAUGCAGUGCACGUGCUCCCCCAGGAAGUGCAGCAAGUGAGGCCAGGCAGCUCCACUGCCUUGACCAAACCCGCCAGUUGUCAGCGUGCUGCUCAGUCUUCUGCAUGUGCUACUCUUCUGCCCUGCUGGGCCCACAAUAAAGGCUAAUCUCUCAUCU